UUGCUACUUCUGAAAAAUAUAGCUGCUGUAUACAAGAUCCAUCAUGAAAGCUUUUGUGGUCUUGUGUGUUGUAAUGGGGAGCAACUUGGCCAGAGCUCAGAGCUCAACCUGCACAUCAGGUGUAUGUGGCUGCUGUCUCAUCACAACACAGCUCGAACGCAUGAACCAUUUCUUCAACAUGUCCUACGAGCACAUGUCUAAGGAGCUCACUGCAGCCAAGCAGGCUCUCAAUGCUAUUAGAGCAUCUCGCACGUCUUUCUCAGCCAUCCUCAGUGACUCCACACAGGACUGCAACAACCCGGUCAUAAGCUCUAGUCCCGCUCGCGUCCUAUACAACCUUGUCAGAGUCAACCUGGGGAACAACUACACCCCCACCAACGGAGAGUUCAUUGCACCUCGGAAAGGGGUCUACAGCUUCGCCAUCACCAUGUACAACCUCGGCCGAUACAAGUCCUGUGCCUCCCUCAUGGUUAACGGGAACUUGAAGUACACCCUGAUGGAGAAAGCCACGUCCGAUACACAAGACAGCGCUAGUGUAUCGCUAACUCUGGCCCUGGAAGCUGGGGAUGUGGUCUACGUGGAACAGCCAGCCGGUUGCGUAAUGUGCGCUCAUGAUAAUCUCUACAAUACAUAUACUGGUUAUCUCUUGUAUGCAACAGAUUGAGCAAAGCAAUCCAAGCUGGUCUGAUGUCUUCUUAAAUUAAAUAUAUGUAGUAUUUGCUCAUAUUUUCCGUAAUUGUAACAGUCCUCUGUCCAAAACUAAACUGUAUACUGAGUUGUAAGUCUUUGUUUGAUUUUCUCACAAU